GUCAGCUAAAGAAAAACAUUUUUUUGGCAAAAUAGAUAUUGGUCCUACUGGGAAUAUCACUGGACUUUCAGUAGUUUUCCAAAAAUUUUACCUUCCAUUUGGCGACUGCAAAAUUAAAAAAAAUAUAUUUUUUCAAAAUCUAAUGGUUCUGCAGUAGUUAUGAUUGAUAUUUUAUUUUUUUUAAUCUCGUAACCAGCUUUUUCAUUCGAAAUAAGAUCGACGUAGGUCAAUCGAAAUGGAAGAUAAUCCACCUAGCGACGAAGAAAUACAGUAUUCUGUUCUCAGUCCCAAAGGGGGGGGUAAAAAGUUAAAAUUAAACGAUGGAAGCUCACAAGAUAGUUUAAACGAAGGGGCUUCGGGGAGCAACGAUGUCAAGGAAGACAAUGUGGAUAGUGGACUAUCGGCUGAUAAAUCUGAGAGUACAUGUAGCGAAGAACGUGGCACAACAUCCAAUGCAGAGCCUCUAAACGAAUUGGUGACCAUAGCACCGUCUAGUAGCAGCAAUGUCCGGGCCAUCCUACUUAACAUCCGAAGACCAAGACACUGUAGGAAUUACAGAAAAAGGAAAACACCAGAUCGAGAUUCUGAUGGGAACUCUUCAAGGGACUCUGAUGAUUUCUCAUCUGAUGAGAGGCCGGAUGAUCCAUAUGUUUUAAAUACAUCAGGCAGUAGCCCAACGGCUUCAAAUUAUUCAGUUGCCAGCUCUAGCUCUGGUAGUUCAAUGGAUAGCAGUAAUGAUUACAGUGAUGGAAAUAUUCUUGAUCUCACAUUGGAUAAUGAAACUGACAGUGAUGAGGGGCUGUCAAAUGAUAAUAACGACAACAGUUCUACCAGAAACAGAUCUGAUCCCGCUAGAACACCUUCUGUACUGCUCAAGACACAACCAAAGCAUAAUUAUUUGAUAUUACGAGAGGUAAUUAAUCGCGAAAUGGGCCUGACAUUUCCGAGGGGGAAAACUAUUAAAGAGGAUGUGAUGUUCGAACAAAAGUUCUGUGGAUCCUUACAUGUGGUGCAAAGAUUGGCUAAAUUAGACUUUCUCAGUAAACAUAAGGGCUGUGUCAACUCCAUAAACUUUCAUCCAGAAGGUCACCUGCUAGCAUCUGGAUCGGAUGACACCAAUGUUAUUGUCUGGGACUGGGCCAGAAAUAAACCCAUACAAGUUCUCAAAAGUGGACAUAAGUCUAAUGUGUUUCAAAGCAAGUUUCUACAUUUGAACUCGCAAGCUCAACUGAACAUAGCAACAUGUGCGAGGGAUGGACAGAUACGUCUGCUCACGUGUCCAUCCAGCGGCGGUUCAGGCACGCGUCGCAAGCUCGGCAGCCACAGCCGCGCGGCCCACAAGCUGCACGUGUCGGCGCACGAGCCGCAUCUGGUUAUAUCGGCGGGCGAGGACGCCGUGGUGAUGCGCUGCGACGUGCGCGAGCAGCACGCGUCCAAGCUGAUAACGGUCCGCGAGGACGGCGUCGGCGUGCCGCUGUACAGCGUGGCCGGCAACCCGCUGCGGCCGCGCGAGCUGCUCGUGGCCGGCCGCGACAAGUUCCUGCGCGUGUACGACACGCGCCGCCCGGACGCGCCCCUCCUGCUCUACGCGGCGGACUUUGAUAAGAUACCAGCUCGAAUGCGUGCCAUGUUGCACCUCACGUGCGCGGUGUAUAACCACGACGGAUCCGAAAUAUUGGGCUCAUAUAACGAUGAGAAUAUAUAUUUGUUUGAUUCUAAACUGGAUGUGUAUGAUAAGGAUGCACCGGACCUUAAGCAGACCUACAGCCACAAGUACAGCGGGCACAGGAACAGUGCCACGUUCAAGGGUGUGUCUUUCUUUGGCCCCCGCAGUGAGUACAUAGUGUCCGGUUCGGAUUGCGCCCACAUAUACAUAUGGGAGAAACAUUCGGAGGCCAUUGUCCAAUGGGCGGAGGGGGAUCAGAAUGGUGUGGUAAAUUGCAUCGAGCCUCACCCACGAUUCCCCAUCAUGGCAACAAGUGGACUAGACAAAGACAUCAAAAUUUGGAUGCCGAGACGCCAAUCUGGACCUGAUUUUACUGGACUGGAGAAGAUAAUCCGCUCGAACGCGGCGACGCACCGGGCGCCCAUUUUCACCGACUUCCUUCCGACGCUCUACAACGCGUGGCGCGGCUCGCUCGCCGACGAGGAGACGCCGCCCGGCAACCUAGAGUUCGACGGCAACGCGUGCACCACCUUCUAGCAGAUCUACCGGCACUCGCGCUUCACCAUACUCGGCCUGGGCAUGGGCAACGCGAACUAUUACUAGUUGCUAGAGCGCGGGUAGAGCCAUUGUAGAGCCACUCUACAAUCACCGGCGAGGUGAAUGUAGAGUCGCCGCACAGAAACCUGCGGUUCGACGGCAACGUGUGCACCACCUUCUAGCAUCUAGUAUAUGCAAUUGAAUUGGCAUUCUAAAUGUAUGAAAACCUUUCGAUUGUUAAAUAAGUUUGUUUGUAAACAAUAUGUAAAAUUAAACGGCUCUGUGAAAAUAUUUAAAAAUUGUAAAAGGCGAAUCGUAAAGCGGAAUUAGUAAUUAACUAAUUAAAAGUUAGCUUGAAAUUUGCAAGUAAAAUAUGUGAUAAAAAAUUGCAACACUCGUCAUCUGGAAAAGGAAUCACCAAAUGGACUUAAAAUAUUCAAAUUUCUAAACAAAAAAUUUUGAGUGUAUCUCAUAAAAACACAUGAUAUAUGUACUAAUAAUUGUAAUAUUCCACGUUCUGUCGGAUUUUUAAUGUCUCUCUCUAACUUUUAAACAUUUUAGAGGUCAGAUUACGAAAGAUACAAAAGAUCUUGAUAAUCUUUUUAAUGAAAACAAUAUGAUUAAACCUUCAUAUAGUAGAACAUUAAUGUCAUAGGACAGUUGGCUAUGGCAAAUAGAUAAGUAGUGAUUAAUUGUGUAAACAUGGUAUAACCAUGCUUAUAUUGGAAUAUUUUAAAGUUGUU